GCACUAAUGCUGCGUUCCCGUUACGUUGAAAAUUGUGGCACUACCGUUAGUUGGAGAAACGACACAGAAGGAUUUGUUUUUGUUCGUAGCAAAGCGGAGUUGUUCGUCCAUUGCUAACAAUACAGCGAUUAACAGUUAAAAGCAUGUUCACAGACAGCCUUGUCAGGGCGCCUAGCAUGACUUAUUCCCCGAGACAUAUCAACAGUCAUUGUACAAAUCACAAGUUGUACAAUGUUAUGCUGUUUAUAUGCACUGCAGCAGCCUGGGAUAUGAAAAUCGGGGUUUGUUAGACUUCUCUCAAUCUCACUUUUGGAUGGAUCGACCUGAUGUCGCGAUUUCCGACCGAAGGGAACGCAACAGUCAAAAACAGUGGAUCGGUGAGUGGGAAGUGGGUGAUAAAGUAGUUCUGACUUCAAACCUCGUUUAAAGAUUAACUAAUUAAUGUAUUCAGACUUUAAACUCAGGUUCCGAAAUACACUGAAAGUACCAACAUCCUCAAACAUUUAAGCUAACAUCAUCAGAAGUUGAAGAAUACGGAAAUGGCUGCUGGAACAUCUGCGUCACUCUGCUGGUUGAUCUUUGUCUUCGCGUCUGUCUAUGCAGACCAGAAAACCAUCACAGCUGAGUAUGGACAGGACGUCACUCUGACAUGUCGAGCUCCAAACAACAACAUCAUCGCUGUCAAGUGGAGCAGAGAUAACCUGGGGAAAGAUUAUGUCCUUUAUUACAAGGAUGGGAAGCCUGUUCCAGAUGACCAGCAUCCAUCUUUUAAGAACCGGGUGGAUCUGCAGGACAGACAGAUGAAGGAUGGAGACGUGUCUUUGAUUCUGAAGAAUGUGAUGAUUAAUGAUGCUGGAAGAUACGAGUGUCAAGUUGCCCAAAGAGAACCAAACAAGAGACCCAGUUUGGAGCCCAUCAACAACGUCACACUGAGUGUUGUUCCUCCAGGUCAGCCAAGAAGAUCUGGAGUGGAUGGAUCUUUUGGGCUGAAAGUUUGUCUGACAGUUUUUAGUCUGCUUCUUCUUGUUGCUGUUGGUUUUGCAGUCUAGAGAACAACAGACCCUUCCUGCUGAACAGCAGCUUGUUUUGAAAUGAACAUUUCAAGAGCUGGUCACAUAUUGUUGAUUUGUUUUUUUGAUUAUUUUCUUUUGUUCAUUGUUUUUCUCAGGGUAUUUAUUUGUGUAAAGAUUAUAAUCAGAGGCUUUUUGAACGAGGUGAUGCAGAUUUUAUCUGAAUUGCAAUCAGUUAAAUGCAAAUGUAACCGUACAUAGGUUGUACGUAAAUCAAUAAAAACACUGUUACGGUGCCACUAUGGCACACUCUGUUAUCCAUGUAACAAGCUUUAAAACUGAGAACUGAUUGUCACAUUCAGUUUGAUGGGCUGUUUUACACAUUUACUUGGCAAGUGAAAGGUCACCGGUUCAGUUCCAGGUAUACAAAAUGCUUUUGGGGUUGAGUCAGUCAGAGUUAUCUGUCAUCUCAGAAGUAGUAGAUAAACACAUGAAAAUGCUGCCUUUAAUUUGCAUUUUAGAUGGCACUCUGUCUGUUCUGUGUACGAAUAUGUACUCACUAUAUGGAACUUAUAUAUCAUGCCUCUGAAAUAUGUUACAACUGUUGGUGUUUGUCCACCAGAGGGCACUCUGCAAAAUAUAGCAGAUUUUUAAAUUGUUAGUAUUAGAAUGGUUCCCAAAAAACAUUGUAUAAAUCUGAUUCUUAGAUGGAAUAAGCACUCCAAACAUCCAAAUAAUGACAUGAUUCACUAAAUAGCUAGCUUCUGUAUUACUACGAUGUGCUGUUUUUUUGUAAUAUGGUGUUUGAUCCAGCCUGCCUUUAUGGGCUCAAAUUGCAGUCAUAAAUAUUUUGUACUUGUAAAUCAAAUGUGUAGUUGUGAAGUGAGUUUUGUAACCUUGUAAACCAAAAUAUGUGAAAAUUUAUGUUUGUGCAUCUAUAGAUAAGAAUUUAUGUGUGUGUGUAAAAAAAUAAAUAAAUAAAUAAAUAAAUAAAAAAGAUUUGUAAGUUGACAGUCACACACAGCCAGGGAACCUAAGCGCAGAGUUUUACAAUUAAGUUUUUGUUUUGUAUCUGUAAGCAGACAUUAAGAAAUAAAAUUUGUAACUGGUGUAAAUAUUUUUUACAAGCACAAAUCUUUUUUUUAUACACACAAAUUGUCGUCUAUAGAUGCACAAACAUAAAAUUUUCACGUAUUUUGGCUUACAAGGUUACAAAACUCACUUAACAACUACACAUUUUAUUUACAAGUACAAAAUAUUUAUGACCACAAUUUCAGCCCAUAUGCCUGUCCUGAUGUGUCUUAUUAUCCACAUAAUAAACAGGAUCACUACCAGUUAA